CCUCCUAUCUGGAGCGUUAUAAAAGCGGUACUCAGAAGCGCUAUCGGCAGAGCGAUUUUUUACGGAACGGCAACUAUGGAUCCGUGUGCCUGUGCCAAAGGUGGCUCCUGUAACUGUGGUGACAGCUGCAAGUGCAAAGACUGCAAGUGUAGCAAAUGCAAGAAAAGCUGCUGCUCUUGCUGUCCAUCUGACUGCAGCAAGUGUGCUUCUGGCUGUGUGUGCAAGGAUGGCAUCUGUGGAGCAAGUUGCUGCCAGUGACUUCACCCCUGGAAUCAAGCUACAACAAUGAUGUAUGCUGGUUGAACUUGUACUUUUGUUUUGUAUAUGUGAGUUCUAAAAUAAAAUGUAUUGUCUCUGA